CUAUCUCUGUGCGACGCUGCACAGUUACGCAGACAUGCGACUAAAGAUCGAUGGUGCAUGCGAUAAGGGAAAACUUGUUGAAGCCACUGACCAUCCACUGAUAACCUCCUUCCAGCUGACUCUUACUAGACAAACCAUCUGACUAACUGACUAACUGCUCCUGGCUGAGGUCUCCCUCUCUCUCUUUCUUUAAACCUAGUCCCUAAUGUUCCAAUUACCCGUCUACCUUCUAUCUCCCAUUAUUAUCUAACUAUCAUUAUAUCUGAGCAUAUAUAUUAUUGCCAAGUUGAAAAUGAAUGUCGCUGAUAUGGCCUUAUCGCACGGCCUCUCCGUUAAUGAGAUGUUGUCUGGAGUAUUUGGUAGCAUCAGCUUGACAGCAUGGAUCUGCCUGCUCCUUCCUCAGCUUAUCACUAAUUACAGAGCCCAGAGUGCAGAUGGCCUGUCCAUGAUUUUCCUAGCUGUCUGGCUCUUUGGCGAUCUCACGAACCUAUCAGGUGCUCUUGCGACUGGACUCGCGCCCACGGCGACAGCACUGGCGGGCUAUUUCUGCAUAUCCGAUGUCAUCCUAAUCACGCAAUCCGUCUACUAUAACACCCUCAACGCCCGAAGAACCCGCCAGCGAACAAGGUCAACCGAAUCUGAGACCUCGGAAGACGAACCCCUCUUGCAGCCGCGAAGGAGGUCGUCUAGCGGCCUUCCAGGCUCGCACAGACGUCAUUCGGUGCACCAUUCCGAGUCCGGCUUAGACCCCAUCAAGAGAAUUGUCACGGGCGAAGACGAUACGCCUGAUACCAACCCCUGGUUACACAACACGCUGAGCGUUGUAGCUAUCUACAUCGUUGGAGCUGCCGGUUGGUUCGUGUCGUACAAAGUUGGGGCUUGGGACAAGCCUGGUGCUCCCGAAGAGCCAGCAGCUGAAUCAUCAGUAGCCGUCCUAGGACUUAUUCUAGGAUAUUCCAGUGCUAUUUGUUAUCUAUUUGCUCGAAUUCCCCAGAUAAUCAAGAACUACCGGGAGAAGUCCUGCGAGGGUCUUGCUCUACUUUUCUUCCUAUUGUCUCUCACUGGUAAUCUAACAUACGGCCUAAGUGUUUUCACUUACUCCCCAGAGCCGGAGUAUAUUAUUAAGGCUAUUCCUUGGCUCCUCGGAUCUCUAGGAACGAUUAUUGAGGAUUGUAUCAUUUUCUACCAGUUCAGGAUCUACUCGAAAAGGGGAGUGAGCAAGGCCAACGGUACCAGCGAGGCUGCGUAAAGGUGAUUGCUUGCAAAAUUAGGUACCUUGGGUACCUAAUGUAGGUAGGUUUGCAACGUGGUUUCGUUAACUUGGAAUUGUAUAGGGGUCAAGGUCAUCAUAUUAGGAGCAUUAUCUAGGCGUUUUAUAAUAGGGGUUUUAAGUAAUCCCCGGUUUAGAUCUGGAUAAUAUUCACAUCACCGGAAAUAUACAAUAUGAUCAAGGCUUUACGGUUCUUAACAAGUUAAAUCCUCCAAAUCUAUACUAAAACCCGUGCGGGCUAUCGUCAACGGCCCCCAACUAGUCCGUCUUCGAUCAGCGAUAAUUGCACGACAUCUAGCCCAAUGAAUUUAAACCGCCCCCAAUAGAAACGAGGAAUUCAUAUGAUAGACAAGUCUGUGUGGCGGGUCUCAUAUAUAUAUCAGCUGCAUUGUUUCGUCCUAUAUUGAAGUGAAGGGUUGAGCUUGCGGUGACUGUGGCUUCGUAUCACAUAUCACAUCCAUGCCAUUCAAAGCCAUAGAGUAACAUAGCUCUAUAUUUAUAGGUGUUUGACUUAGCAUAACCAACCAACUAAUCAGCUGAAAUUUGC